CCCCAGUCACCGAGCGAGAGGGAAGAAACAAGAUGGCGGCUGAAGGCGAUCCGGAGUGGGGCCCCAGCAAUUCGGACUGAGCCUUCUCCCUCCACCCGCUUCCGCCGGCCGGGCCCCUCCCGCCCGGCCCCGCCGGCCUCCCCACCCGGCCCCGGCGCCCCCCACCGCCCCCACCCCGCGCCCGCCCCUCCCCCCUCCGCUUUCCCUUCUCCCCCCCGCGCCUCGGCUCCGACAUGAGGGGCCGGCGGGGCAGGCCGCCCAAGCAGCCCGCGGCUCCCGCUGCGGAGCGCUGCGCCCCGGCCCCGCCGCCGCCGCCGCCGCCGCCGCCCACGUCCGGACCCAUCGGGGGGCUCCGCUCGCGGCACCGCGGCAGCAGCCGGGGCAGGUGGGCCGCCGCCCAGGCUGAGGUGGCGCCCAAGACGCGGCUGAGCUCGCCCCGGGGGGGCAGCAGUAGCCGGAGGAAGCCGCCGCCGCCGCCGCCCCCCCCCAGCACCAGCGCCCCGGGCCGGGGGGGGCGAGGAGGCGGGGGCGGCAGGACGGGGGGCGGGGGCGGCGGCGGCCACCUGGCCCGGACCACCCCGGCCCGGAGGGCGGUCAACAAAGUGGUGUACGAUGACCACGAGAGCGAGGAGGAGGAGGAGGAGGAGGACAUGGUCUCUGAGGAAGAGGAGGAGGAGGAGGAGGACGGCGACGCCGAGGAGACCCAGGAUUCGGAGGACGACGAGGAAGAUGAGAUGGAGGAGGACGACGAUGACUCCGAUUAUCCGGAGGAGAUGGAAGACGACGACGACGACGCCAGUUACUGCACGGAGAGCAGCUUCAGGAGCCAUAGCACCUACAGCAGCACUCCAGGUAGGCGGAAACCAAGAGCACACCGGCCCCGUUCUCCAAUAUUGGAAGAAAAAGAUAUCCCGCCCCUUGAAUUUCCCAAGUCCUCUGAGGAUUUAAUGGUGCCUAAUGAGCAUAUAAUGAAUGUUAUUGCCAUUUACGAGGUACUGCGGAACUUUGGCACUGUGCUAAGGUUGUCUCCUUUUCGCUUUGAGGACUUCUGUGCAGCCCUGGUGAGCCAAGAGCAGUGCACGCUCAUGGCUGAGAUGCACGUCGUGCUUCUGAAAGCAGUUCUGCGUGAAGAAGACACUUCCAACACCACCUUUGGGCCUGCUGACCUGAAAGACAGUGUGAAUUCCACGCUGUAUUUCAUAGACGGGAUGACGUGGCCUGAGGUGCUGCGGGUGUACUGUGAGAGCGAUAAGGAGUACCAUCACGUGCUUCCCUACCAGGAGGCGGAGGACUACCCCUACGGACCAGUCGAGAACAAGAUCAAAGUCCUGCAGUUCUUAGUUGACCAGUUUCUUACGACAAAUAUUGCUCGGGAGGAACUGAUGUCUGAAGGAGUGAUCCAGUAUGAUGACCAUUGUAGGGUUUGCCACAAACUUGGGGAUUUGCUCUGCUGCGAGACGUGCUCUGCAGUAUACCAUUUGGAAUGCGUGAAGCCGCCUCUUGAGGAGGUGCCAGAGGACGAGUGGCAGUGUGAAGUCUGUGUAGCACACAAGGUGCCUGGUGUGACUGACUGUGUUGCUGAAAUCCAAAAAAACAAACCGUACAUUCGACAUGAGCCCAUUGGAUAUGACCGCAGUCGGAGGAAAUACUGGUUCUUAAACCGAAGACUCAUAAUAGAAGAAGACACAGAAAAUGAAAAUGAAAAGAAAAUUUGGUACUACAGUACAAAGGUUCAGCUCGCAGAAUUAAUCGACUCUCUAGACAAAGAUUAUUGGGAAGCAGAACUUUGCAAAAUUCUAGAAGAAAUGCGUGAGGAAAUCCAUCGGCACAUGGACAUAACUGAAGAUCUGACCAAUAAGGCUCGGGGCAGUAACAAAUCCUUUCUGGCGGCAGCUAAUGAAGAAAUUUUGGAAUCCAUAAGAGCCAAAAAGGGAGAAGCUGAUGAUGUUAAAAGCCCAGAAGAAAUUGAAAAAGACAAGAAUGAGACUGAGAAUAGUAAUUGUAAAGAUGCUGAGAGAAGCAGAGAAGAGGCUGACGACCAGUCCCUUGACAGAGACAAUGACAGCAAGAUGCCGGACGCUCCUGAGCAAGGAAAACCUGAGGAGCCAACAGAAGUUGGGGAUAAAGGUAACUCUGUGUCAGCAAAUCUUGGCGACAACACAACAAAUGCUUCUUCAGAAGAGACUAGUCCCUGUGAAGGGAGGAGCCCCCUGGGCUGUCUCCCAGAAACCCAUGAUAGCAGCAACAUGGCAGAGAAGAAGGUGGCCUCUGAGCUCCCCCACGAUGUGCCAGAAGAACCUAACAAGACAUGUGACAGCAGUAACACUAGUGCUACCACUACCUCCAUCCAGCCUAAUCUGGAAAACAGUAACAGCAGCAGUGAACUAAAUUCUUCCCAGAGUGAAUCUGCUCAGGCAGCUGAUGAUCCUGAAAAUGGAGAAAGAGAAUCCCAUACACCUGUCUCUAUUCAAGAAGAGAUAGGUGACUUCAAAUUGGAGAAGUCUAACGGGGAGCUCAGUGAGUCUCCUGGAGCUGGAAGAGGAGCAUCUGGCUCAACUCGCAUCAUCACCAGAUUGCGGAACCCAGAUAGCAAGCUUAGUCAGCUGAAGAGCCAGCAGGUGGCAGCCGCAGCUCAUGAGGCAAAUAAAUUAUUUAAGGAGGGCAAAGAGGUACUUGUAGUUAACUCUCAAGGAGAAAUUUCUCGGUUGAGCACCAAAAAAGAAGUGGUCAUGAAAGGAAAUAUCAACAAUUAUUUUAAACUGGGUCAAGAAGGGAAGUAUCGCGUCUACCACAAUCAGUACUCCACCAAUUCGUUUGCUUUGAAUAAACACCAGCACAGAGAAGAUCAUGACAAGAGAAGGCAUCUUGCACAUAAGUUCUGUCUGACUCCAGCAGGAGAGUUCAAGUGGAAUGGCUCUGUCCAUGGGUCCAAAGUCCUCACCAUAUCUACCCUGAGAUUGACUAUCACCCAGUUAGAAAACAACAUCCCUUCUUCCUUUCUUCACCCCAACUGGGCUUCACACAGGGCAAAUUGGAUCAAGGCAGUUCAGAUGUGUAGCAAACCCAGAGAGUUUGCACUGGCAUUAGCCAUUUUGGAGUGUGCAGUUAAACCUGUUGUAAUGCUACCAAUAUGGCGGGAGUCUUUAGGGCAUACCAGAUUGCACAGGAUGACAUCAAUUGAAAGAGAAGAAAAGGAAAAAGUCAAAAAAAAGGAGAAAAAACAAGAAGAGGAAGAAACAAUGCAGCAGGCCACAUGGGUAAAAUACACAUUUCCAGUUAAACAUCAGGUUUGGAAGCAAAAAGGAGAAGAAUACAGAGUGACAGGAUAUGGUGGUUGGAGCUGGAUUAGUAAAACUCAUGUGUAUAGGUUUGUUCCUAAACUGCCAGGCAAUACCAAUGUGAAUUACAGAAAGUCAGUAGAAGGAACCAAUAAUAGUAUGGAUGAAAAUAUGGAUGAGUCAGAUAAAAGGAAAAGUCCACGGAGUCCCAAAAAAAUAAAAACAGAACCUGAUUCUGCGAAAGGUGAGGUGAAAGAUUCAGACUCUGCACAAGGAGCAGCCCAGAGUGAGAUGGACGUCUCCAGGAGUGCCGAGAAGGACCAAGAUGUAAAAGAACUUUUAGAUUCUGACCAUAAUAAAUCCUUCAAGGAAGAACCAAUGGAAAUAGAUGAUGAUGUGAAAACAGAAUCCCAUGUAAAUUGUCAGGAAAGUUCUCCAGUAGAUGUGGUCAAUGUCAGUGAGGGUUUUCAUCUAAGGACUAGUUACAAAAAGAAAGCAAAGUCAUCUAAACUAGACGGACUUCUUGAAAGGAGAAUUAAACAAUUUACACUGGAAGAAAAACAGCGCCUUGAAAAAAUGAAGUUGGAGGGUGGAAUUAAAAGUGUGGGGAAAUCGCCUACAAGUUCUUUGAAAAGUCUUUCUGAAUCACCAGUAACAACAACAAAAGAAGGGUGUCAGAGUGACUUGGUUAGGCAGGAGCAAAGCCCCCAUGCAAGUAAUGAGAAAUCUGAGGACUUGACUCAGGGAUGUUCAGAAAGUGAUUCCUCGGUCCUUGAAACUGGUGAUCCUGGUCACACCACAAACAAACUUUACCCAAAAGAGCAAGCGUUAGCUGAUGUCUCCAUACAGAGCCCAGGGACAGACUGUCAGAAACAGAAUUCUGUUGAAAAUGACAUAGACGAGAGUCUCCCGGAAGCUGCCAGUAAGGGGCAGGAACCCAGUAAGAUCAAAACCAAAGGAAGUGGUUUUUUCAUUGAUGACGCUAAAUUAGUCAGUGCAAAUUACGUUGGUACCUUGGUUUGUAAGAACAAAAAAGCUCUCUUGCAGGAGGAUAAUGACGCCGUUUCUCCUUCCAAGAGCGGUUUACUUCCCUCAGCGCCCAGAAGCACAAAAGCCGUGGACUUGGAAGGAAAGUUGGGCUGUGACUCGGAAUGUAGUAGCACUUUGGAAAAUAGUUCUGAUACUAUGUCUGUUCAGGAUAGCAUUGAGGAAGACAUGGUUGUUCAGAAUAGCAAAGAAGGUAUUUCUGAACAGUUCAGAACUCAAGAACAAGGUGUGGAAGGCUUGGAGCCAUUGCAGUGUCAGUUUGUUUCUGGUAAGUCCCCUGGAAACGGUGAUGACAGGCUGCAGGAUAAGGUCACUGAAGCUAAUGGUAAAAAAACAAGUCAGCAGAAAAAGUUAGAGGAGAGACCAGUUAAUAAAUAUAUUGAUCAACUAAAUCUCAAAAACACCACUGACAAAAAGAAUAAUGAAAACAAAGAGUCUGAAAAGAAAGGACAGAAGGCAGGCGCUCUUCAGGUAAAUGGAAAAGAUAAAGCAAAAGUGCAUUUGAAAAGUGAAUGUUUGAAAGAUCUCUCUGAGAGCAAACUAGUGAGUGGUAAUGUUGAACCAAAGGUUAAUAAUAUAAAUAAAACAAUCCCUGAAAAUGACAUUAAGUCUUUGACUGUUAAAGAAUCUGCUGUAAAGCCAUUCAUUAAUGGUGAUGUCAUCAUGGAAGAUUUUAAUGAAAAAAUCAACUCAGAAACAAAAUCACGGUCGCCAAGUUCUUCUGAUGCUGAAGGUAACUACCAAGAAAGCUUGGGGACCCUGCCGUCAACCAAAGAAUGUGACAGUACGCAGACUGCCACACCUCCACCAUCUUACUCAGAAAAUACUUCAGCAAAUCAGAUGGAAGAUAUGGAAGUUGAAACCUCCGAAGUUAAGAAGGCUACUCCAUCACCCAUGACUUCUGGAGAGGAAUCUAAUCUCAGUAAUGACUUUGUUGAUGGAAACGUCAAUGGAGACUCUCAAAGAAAAACCGUCAUCACAGAAGUGACCACGAUGACAUCCACAGUGGCCACAGAAUCAAAAACUGUCAUCCAAGUAGCAAAAGGCGAUAAGCAAACUGUGGUCUCUUCCACAGAGAAUUGUGCCAAGUCCACUGUCACGACCACGACGACAACUGUGACAAAGCUUUCCACACCCUCCACAGGCAGCAGCGUGGACAUCAUCUCUGUAAAGGAGCAGAGCAAAACUGUGGUCACCACGACAGUGACAGACUCCCUGACCACUGCAGGAGGCACACUGGUAACGUCCAUGACUGUGAGCAAAGAGUACUCCACAAGAGACAAAGUGAAACUGAUGAAAUUUUCAAGACCCAAGAAGACGCGUUCAGGUACAGCUCUGCCAUCCUAUAGAAAGUUUGUUACCAAGAGCAGCAAGAAGAGCAUAUUUGUUUUGCCUAAUGAUGACUUAAAAAAGUUGGCCAGAAAAGGAGGAAUCCGAGAAGUCCCUUAUUUUAAUUACAAUGCAAAACCUGCCUUGGAUAUUUGGCCAUACCCUUCUCCUAGACCAACCUUUGGUAUCACUUGGAGGUAUAGACUUCAGACUGUGAAGUCCUUAGCUGGAGUGAGCCUGAUGUUACGGUUACUGUGGGCAAGCUUGAGAUGGGAUGACAUGGCAGCCAAGGCUCCUCCAGGGGGAGGGACUACCCGGACAGAAACUUCUGAAACUGAAAUCACAACAACAGAAAUAAUUAAGAGGCGAGAUGUUGGUCCGUAUGGCAUUCGGUCUGAAUAUUGUGUCAGGAAAAUCAUUUGCCCCAUUGGAGUUCCUGAAGCACCCAAAGAAACACCUACACCUCAGAGGAAAGGGCUUCGGUCUAGUGCAUUGCGGCCAAAGAGACCAGAGACACCCAAGCAAACAGGCCCUGUCAUUAUUGAAACCUGGGUGGCAGAGGAAGAGUUGGAGUUAUGGGAGAUCAGGGCCUUUGCUGAGAGAGUGGAGAAAGAGAAAGCACAAGCAGUUGAGCAGCAGGCUAAGAAACGUUUGGAGCAGCAGAAACCUACCGUCAUUGCUGCUGCCAGCACUUCCCCAGCAAACAGUACGACCAGUACCAUCUCUCCAGCCCAGAAAGUCAUGGUGGCUCCCAUAAGUGGCUCAGUCACCACUGGAACUAAAAUGGUACUGACUACUAAGGUUGGAUCUCCAGCUACUGUAACAUUCCAGCAGAACAAGAACUUCCAUCAGACCUUUGCUACCUGGGUUAAGCAAGGCCAGUCUAAUUCAGGCGUUGUUCAAGUGCAGCAGAAGGUCCUGGGUAUCAUCCCGUCGAGCACGGGGGCGAGUCAACAGACCUUCACUUCGUUCCAGCCCCGGGCAGCCACCGUCACCAUCAGGCCCAACACCUCCGGCUCUGCGGGAGCCACGGGCACGUCCCAGGUAAUCACAGGGCCUCAGAUCCGCCCCGGAAUGACGGUGAUCAGGACCCCACUGCAGCAGUCAACACUAGGGAAAGCGAUUAUCCGGACACCUGUGAUGGUCCAGCCAGGUGCUCCGCAGCAGGUGGUGACGCAGAUCAUCAGGGGCCAGCCCGUUUCCACCGCAGUCUCUGCCCCCAGCACGGUCUCCUCGACGCCUGGGCCGAAGACCUUAACCUCAGGAGCGUCCACUGCCAGUGUACAGUCUACAGCCUCCCCGGCCCCUCGCCCCCAGCAAGGACAGGUGAAGCUUACCAUGGCUCAGCUCACCCAGUUAACACAGGGCCAUGGUGGCAAUCAAGGUUUGACAGUAGUAAUUCAAGGACAAGGUCAAACUACGGGACAGCUGCAGCUGAUACCUCAAGGGGUGACUGUCCUCCCCGGCCCAGGACAGCAGCUCAUGCAAGCUGCCAUGCCCAAUGGGACCGUCCAGCGAUUCCUCUUUACCCCUCUGGCAACGACAGCCACGACGGCCAGUACCACCACCACCACCACUGUUUCCACCACAGCAGCAGGUACAGGUGAACAAAAACAGAGUAAAUUAUCACCCCAGACCCAGGUGCAGCAAGCCCAAACCCUGCCACCAUCUCAGUCACCAAGUGUGAGUCCUGCAGGAGCCCAGCCACAGACUGCUCCGCCUCCAGCUCAGCCCCCGCCCCCGCCCCCGCCCCAGUCCCCCGCUCAGCCUGAGGUUCAGGCUCAGCCUGAAGUUCAGACCCAAACAACUGUUGCGUCCCAGGUCCCUUCUGAAGCACAGCCCACCCAAGCACAGUCAUCCCAACCCCAAGGGACAGCACAGUGUCCGCCUCCGAGUACUGUCCAAGGACAGUCUCCUGUUCGUGUCCAGAGUCCACCACAGACUCGAGUACGUCCAUCAACUCCAUCCCAGGUGUCUCCUGGACAGCAGCCCCAGGUUCAGACUCCAACCUCACAACCGAUUCCAAUUCAACCACAUACAUCUCUUCAGAUACCUUCCCAAGGCCAGCCACAGUCACAGCCCCAGGUACAGUCUUCAACUCCAACUCUUUCAUCAGCACAAGCGUUAAAUCAAGUUACUGUCUCAUCCCCAUCCCGCCCUCAGCUGCAGAUACCGCAGCCACAGCCCCAAGUCCUUGCUGUGCCGCCUCCGCAGCAGCAGGUGCAGGUGGUGGCUCAGAUACAGGCUCAGCAAGGUGGUGUGCCCCAGCAGAUCAAACUCCAGUUACCUGUUCAAGUUCAGCCGAGCACCGCUGUGCAGGCUCACCACAUUCAGAAUGUGGUGACAGUGCAGGCAGCCAGUGUGCAAGAGCAGUUGCAAAGGGUUCAGCAACUCAGGGAUCAGCAGCAAAAGAAGAAACAGCAACAGAUAGAAAUUAAGCGGGAACACACCCUCCAAGCUUCUAACCAAAGUGAAAUCAUUCAGAAACAGGUGGUGAUGAAGCAUAAUGCUGUCAUAGAACAUUUAAAACAGAAAAAGACCAUGACUCCAGCUGAAAGAGAAGAGAAUCAAAGAAUGAUUGUGUGUAACCAGGUGAUGAAGUACAUUUUGGAUAAGAUAGAUAAAGAAGAAAAACAGGCAGCAAAAAAGCGGAAGCGCGAGGAGAGCGUGGAACAGAAACGUAGCAAACAGAACGCCACCAAGCUCUCAGCUCUGCUCUUCAAACACAAAGAGCAGCUCAAAGCCGAGAUUCUGAAAAAGAGAGCGCUCCUGGACAAGGAUCUCCAGAUCGAAGUGCAGGAAGAGCUGAAGAGAGACCUGAAAAUUAAGAAAGAGAAGGACGUGAUGCAGGCAGUGCAGGCCACUGCGGUAGCUGCACCCCCAGCCCCAGUGGCAGCAGCUCCACCAGCCCCUCCGCCUUCGCCUCCCCCUGCACCCAGCCUGCAGCACCCAGGCCUCCUGUCCACGCCUACCUUACCUGCAGCUUCCCAGAAGAGGAAGCGGGAAGAGGAGAAAGACUCAGGCUCAAAGUCCAAGAAGAAGAAAAUGAUCUCUACUACCUCAAAGGAAACUAAGAAGGACACAAAGCUUUACUGUAUCUGUAAAACGCCUUACGAUGAGUCUAAAUUUUAUAUUGGCUGUGAUCGGUGUCAGAACUGGUACCAUGGGCGCUGCGUGGGCAUCUUGCAGAGUGAGGCAGAGCUCAUUGAUGAGUAUGUCUGUCCACAGUGCCAGUCGACAGAGGAUGCCAUGACAGUGCUCACGCCACUCACCGAGAAGGACUAUGAGGGCUUGAAAAGGGUGCUGCGCUCCUUACAGGCCCAUAAGAUGGCCUGGCCUUUCCUGGAACCAGUGGACCCUAAUGAUGCACCUGAUUAUUACGGUGUCAUUAAGGAACCUAUGGACCUUGCCACCAUGGAAGAAAGAAUACAAAGACGAUAUUAUGAAAAGCUGACGGAAUUUGUGGCGGAUAUGACCAAAAUUUUUGAUAACUGCCGUUACUACAAUCCCAGUGACUCCCCUUUUUACCAGUGUGCAGAGGUUCUUGAGUCAUUCUUUGUACAGAAACUGAAAGGAUUCAAGGCCAGCAGGUCUCAUAACAACAAACUGCAGUCUACAGCUUCUUAAAGUUCAGCGUGUUAAUCUAACAUAAAACACAGCAAGAGUCUGGUUGUCUGAACUAUUUUAAAUUAAGGAGCCAGAUGUUUUUAGUCAGGUUAUCCUGACAAGACGUGACCUAUACUUCGUUUUUAUUGGUCCUAACAGUCCAGUUAUAUUCUUGGCCAAUUUUGUCCAACGGACAAGGGAAAAAGCAAAGUCAACGACACCAUUAUCUUGUCAAGAUCAAAUGGUUUUACUAUUGUGGCAGAAGCGGGAAAACUUUGUUUAUUUGAAAAAAAAAAAAAAAGAAAGCAAGAAAAAAAGAUACUAUGGGGUCAAGUGUAACUCCAUGGAAGUGCCACGUCUGCUCUUCAGUGAAGAAGCUGGUUUAGAGUCUCACAGGAAACUUUUGACUGUAUUUAUUUAUUGUUGCAAAAAAGACGCUUUUUUAUUGCUGCCCUCAUUUGUCAGCUAAUUAUUUUUUCUUAAAAAAUCCAGCCCCGGUUACAUGUAAUCCAUCCUGUAUCGUAUCAUGAUUCCUGUAGGUAAAAGUACAAGACGACCUCUAGAUGUCUUUUCUUUCUAUGAAAGGAGCUGCUAUGUACACAUGUGCACACACACACAACUGGGAAUCAACAAUGAGUUUAUUGUUCAUGGGAGAUAAAAGUUAAGCUUGCGUAAAGGUUGGGCUAAGCGGUCCUGGACUACAGACUCUGUUGCCUUGAAUAUACCAGUACCAUUUGUCAUUCACUCUGCACCAGGCUAAAAUGAGUAAAAUCUAUUUGAAGGUAUCUUGUUUGUAAACAUUUGUCAGAUUCUAAUUUUUUCUUUUUGUAUUAAAAUUCAACUAUGGAUGUAUAUGAAACAAAAUAAAUGGAGAUCCUUUUUCUCCCACAGCUGGAGGUGUCUGAGUGUGCGCUAAUGCUUCUCUGUAAGCCUUUGUGGGGAGGGGGCCGCAGGUGGAGAGAGGCAGGAGCACCCACUGGCCCUGGGCUUCUCAGGACAGUGGCUGCCUUCAUCUUUCAUUCCCAGUCCAUCGUCCUCACGGCAGAGAAGACCGUGCGGGGGUGCUCAUCCUGUCGCAUCACUGCUCAUGCUGACCGUCACGGUAAUGUGACAGAACGCGCAUCGCCUUCAUCUCCAUCCUGUGCCGCCACACAGCCACUUAGAUGUCAGGAAGGACAUGUUUCAGACGUCCUCCUCUUUCUAUUUUCUGUUUGUUGGUUGAGUUUGUGGUUUGUUUCUUUGUUCCACAAAAGGACAAGUAGUGUCAGCAGUAGGGAAAAGCACGGGCACAGCAGAGGAACAGCAGUGGGUUCUGCAUGUCUUUCCUUGCAGUGUUCUGACUCGGCGCUGUACUACCGCACUGUAGCAGUAGCCUCUGUGGAAUCCUCCAUAGUUGGAUUAUGCAGCUUUGCAGAACUUUACCUAGAUUUUGCACUGAUUCAUGUUAGCUCUGUCCUGUCGAAUUCCAGGAUUGAUCAGAUCAUUGUUUUUAAAAGUUUCCUUCUGUUUAAUGUUGCCCUGCUAUGCAAAAUCUUUCUAGGACCAUAGUUUCUUAAAAGUUAAUGACGUUGCUACAGUUCCCGAUUCUUUCUUACGAUUACAGGCUCAGGUGUACAGGUUAUUCUGGGUUAAUUUUAUCUAACGAUGCCCAUUCCUUUUUGUACAUAAAGAUAUCACUUAAAUCUAUGCUUACAAACUAAAGAGACUAAUUGCUCAAUAUGAACACAUAGAAGCAAAGUUUUUGCUUAAAAUCUUAAAGUGGAAUUAAAGAUAGGUUAUUUUGUCCUUUUCAUUUUUAAAAGUUGUUACUUAUUGUAUGCACUGUGCUGAUGCAAGAAUUCUACAUUUUAAUGAAUUAUAAAAUUAUUCUGCAUCUCAUCACGUCACAGUAUUUCUGUACUAUUUAUUCAUAUAUAUAUAAAUAUAUAUGGGCUUAAUAAUUGAAAACUUGUUGCGGCAAGGACUUUCCUACCUGUAGGCAAUAGAUUGCUAUGUUUUUAACAAAUUGUUGCAAAUUCUAAACAGCAAUUCUUUUUGUACGUAAUAGGACAUUUCAUCCUAGCAAAAAUAAAGUAAUGUUUUUGACAUUG